AUGGAUCCCGAAGACACCAAGACGUCGGUCAAACACCAAGUGUCCCACACAGCAAAGAAGGCGGCGGUCCAAAAGCGCGCCGAGGGCCGGGCCAAAGUCCUGCCCAAAUUCAGGGACAGCUUCAAGCAUUUUUUCUUCUCACCCACUGGAGCGUUGAAGAUCCUGAGGCUGGGUCUUCUCAUAGGAGCAUUAGCUUGUUUCAUCACCACCACAGCCCAUGAGUCGUAUAUAGCAAUCACAGUUCUGGGAAUCUGCAUCGUUCUUUUUUUUAUUCUAUCAUAUAUGCUAACCCUUCACCACUUGGUGACUUAUUUAGAUUGGCCCUUACUUGAUCUUAUCAACAGUCUCAUUACAGCUGUGUUCCUUUUAAUAGUUGCUGCCUUGGCGAUACAAGAAAAGGAAAGAAGGCAUUUAUUCUAUGUUGGAGGGUCCCUGUGUCUCACGGCGGCAAUCGCGUGUCUCAUCAGUGCGACUCUGGUCACCAAGAAGAUGAGGAAUGAGGUGAAAAAAGUCCUGGGAAUCAAAAUCGAAACUAGGCCCGUCCCCGCCCAAGCACCCACCCUGGCACCCUCACAGUGCUCCGAGGGGCGCUGGGUGCGGCUGCCCCAGGAGGCCAUGGCCAGGGCCUUGACCCCGCCCUGGUCCCAGCCAACCCGAUCCGAAGGCGGGAGCAGCGGCUACAGCCCUGGGGCCACCUUGCGAGGCCUCGCUAGACGGUGA